CCCUCCUGUCAGUCACGUGAGGCGCCAAGAUGGCGGCGUCCGAGCGACCAAGUUGGUCUGAACAGAGGGAUGCUGGUGUGGUGCAGGAGGGAAAUAGGGGAGCGCCCCAGGACAUCAAGAUGGCACUUUAUAAACAUGGUCAGCUGAUUCCUUCUCUAGGAGAUGCAAAGUUCAGAAGCCCAGUAAUCUCUGAAAUUAUAGAAAAGUUUGAAUGUUAUAGAAAUGACAAGACUUUAAAUAUACAUGGAACUUUAAUCUUUGGAGCAAGUAGUGGUUUGUCUGGACUAGUGGCAAACUUAAUUUUCAGAAACAGCUUCAAGGUUAAAUAUGAAGCUUUGAAGACCUACGCAUCCUUGACUACACUUCCAUGUUUGGCUACCAUUGUUACUUACAAGUUCUUUGUAACUGAUGCUUUGCAAUCAGGUGACAUAAGCAAGGAAAACUGUAUUCUGAGAAGUGCUCUGGUUGGCAUAGCAUGUGGGUUUUCAUAUCCCAGCGCUUUGGCCUUCUAUAAAAAUGGACAUUUGGCAGUUAAGUAUCAUACUGUUCCACUGCCACCAAAGGGAAGAGUUAUGCUCCAUUGGUUACUCCUUUGUCAAACUGGGAUGAAAGCAAUGGCCAUUCCUCUGUUUUUUCAGAUAUUACUGGGAGUGUUUAAUGGCUUAAAUCACUACCAUGUAUGUGCAAAAACAUAUGCAAGACCUGUGCCUGAUGAUUAACAAAAGAAUCAGUAGAGGCCAGUCCAGUGGAAUGAACUUCUUUAUAAUACGGACUUGGCCACUGGUCUAAGAGUGAAAAGUAACUUUUGCCUAGUAUAUAUCGGUAAUUAUGAAUGUUAUAAAUGUUAAACAAACACAAGUUUCUCCUUUCUUUCUUCAUUGUAUAUAGGAAUGGGUUUGGAGCCUCAGAUCUGACCUGUGCAGAUACAGUGAGUAUCUGGUAUUGGUCACACACUAUGCGUGUAAGAAGAAAUGAUCCCUAAAGAAAGACUUCUUAGAGGAGUAAGAAAUAAGAACACAUAUUAUAAGAUGUCGUGAGAGAUACACACAUACUUUGAGGGAACUGAGACUGUAACUGUUAACUAUUUAGGCAGAUGAUGUUUUAGGAGAAAGUAACAUGAGCUAAAUGUUAAAGAGGAAUGGGAAAGUCAUAAGAAAGGAAAAUAUGGGAAAAUACAGAAGAUGAGAGCAAGCCUGAGAUGACCCCCAGUCCAGCACCACAAGGCCCAAGUGGGCAGACCACACCCACCACGUCCCCUGCCUUGGCAGGGCAUAGAACUCCUAAGAUAAUCCCAAAGGCCCCAGGUGCCACUAAGAUGAGCAAGUAAAUGGAGAGAUAGAAGAGAAAGAGAAGCAGAGGGAUGCAUGCACAAUGAAGAGAGGCGGAACUGGAGACUUGAGGGUAGUGAGGAUUAGCCUAAUGUGAGCAGCCAGUGAUGCCACCUGAGGCUAUGGUGAGGUCCUGGCCUGUGCUGCUACCAAGGGCCAUGUCUGGGUCCAAAUCUCUGCAGCAGCAGGGGGUCUGUUACCACCAAAGACUAGUGGACUUCUCUGGUCAGGCUAUGUUGAUGUCUGAGGGCUGUGCAGCCUCCACCCUUCAUCUGGGCAUCCUGGCCCCACAUCUCACCAGCUGCAGCACUUAGGAGAAUGGGUCCUGCUGCACUUAGCCCAGAAAGCAAGGUAGAGCUGGCCCUGGUUGCUGGGAUUGCAGUGAGCCAGGGCAUGAGAGCAGGAAAGCUGACUCUGCCCCUUACAACAUUGGCUGAGCUAGCUGGGGCAGUGCUAGAGAGCUCACUAGAGCCAUGAGGAUGUCAUGGAGCUGGUGGGAUGGCCAGCUCAGCUACCAACCAGGCCUAGAUC